AUGCCAUCUACCAAGAGCAAGAACAUUAUCAUCACAGGCGGUGCGCGAGGCAUAGGCCGCUGCACAGCACGACACCUACUGUCGCUACCAGUCUCGCACCGCGUCUUCAUCAUCGACUUUGACGCCGACGAGCUCGACUACGUCGUCAACACGCACCUCUCGGCCUACGCACCCCGCGUCAGCUCCUCAAUAACCAAUCUGCGCCACCCAGAGGAAAUCCGCAGCGCCGUACAAAAAGCCGCAGACUUCUUCGGUGGCCGCAUAGACGUGCUGAUCAACAAUGCAGGCGUCGCCCGCGGCUUCUUCAACGCCGGCAACGGCACCAUGGAAGACGUGGCUACGGGCGAGCAAUGGGAACAGUACAUUGCUACGAACCUCAGUGCACCCUUUUAUAUGAGCCAGGCUGUUAUUCCGUUCAUGAAGAGUCGGAAUACGCAAAAGGAAGGUGCCGAGGGCGUCGAUCGCAAGAAAGAUCUUAAGCGCACAGCCGAGUUCAACCAGCUACCACUCAACUUGCACGGAGACGACAAGCUAGACGAAGGCGGGUGCAUCAUCAAUAUUGCCUCGUUUCGUGCUCAUCAGUCUGACCCUGAUUGCGAGGGCUAUGCAGCGAGCAAAGGCGGUGUCUUGGCGCUCACACAAGCCAUGUCUGUGUCUUGCCAGCGCUGGGGCAUCCGCGUCAUAGCUAUUUCACCAGGCUGGGUCAGUGUAGACCAUGAGAACAAGGCGAGGGAUUUGAAGAUAAAGGAGAUGCAAGAUAGGUCGUACAAGGAGAUGGCGGCGCAUGAGGCUGAAGCAGAGAAGCUGAGGAUGAUGGCAUGGGCGGAAGAUUUAGACGAAUUGUAUCAUAAGCAGCACCCCGCUGGUAGGGUGGGUAGGGGAGAAGAUCUUGCUGAGAUGGUUGAGUACGUCAUGGGUGCUGGGUUCCUGAGCGGGCAGGAGUUGGUGUUGGAUGGGGGUGCAAACCGGAGGAAGAACCCAAAUAUAUGAGUGCAUGUGGGGGAUAUUGUCUGAAUAUUAUAGCCAUUGAUAAAGCUAUGAGUAUCAAUCAAGC